AUGGGCAAUAAGGUCUCCGCAGUGCACGGCGUGAAGUCAGACCAUUUCUACGACCAAGGCAACGCCGUCAACGAGAUCUGGGUCGGCGACGUUGAAGUCAUCUCACGUUUACCCUUCGGCGAUUCCGACCUCGAGCAAGCCGGCUGGCCCAAGGGAGACUACCCAAAGAUCCCGUGGCAUCAUUUUAUCAUCCCCAUGCAAAAGCGGGACGAAUCUAGCAACACGACUACCAACCCUUCCUCGUUGGCUAUGGAUCCGACUCCUCACACUUGUCCAAGCUGGCUACCAGACCAUGGGUACCUGGGCAUGUACACGAGAAUCCACCCAGAUGCGGCGUCCUUCAUUGGAGCUUUGUUCCUUACGUUCGCUCUCCUUCUGUGGAUGUAUUUUACGGCCAGACUCAACCGGGCUUUCAGGACAUGGCAAUGUGUGCGGGAGGCAUCACUUCGCACCCCAGAUACGGUCGCGGUCAGGCGCAAGGCUAACGGUGACCUUUGGAUUCGCAUCGGUCAAGCAUACAUUGUGUUUGUUCUCUCCAUCCUCUGCUUGGUGCUGGGAUUGCCGGCGACCGCUGCUGGCGCAAGGAAAAUAGAUGCUGCGACCUUCGUUUUGUCUAAUGGGAUUUGGGGUGGCAUUGGUGCCAUUAUCGGUGGCCUCAUCAUUUACCCCUUAGGCUUCUGGUGGGAUGCGAGAAAGAUACAACCUGUGACGAGCGACGAGCCGUGA